AUGAUCCCUGCUGUGGCUGUGACCACCGCCAGGCGUGUUCGACUCAACAUUUCCCCAGACUACGUGGAGCAGGUCGCAAAACGGAGAUUUCGAGAGCUGUCGAGGAUAGUGCCGAUGGCUUUGUCGCGACCAGCAAGCAAGCGCCUAUUGCCUGACGAUGACGAUGAUAACGAUGGGAGCAGCAUAAGUAGCAAGCGGGCUUGCUCCGAGACGCCCGCAGAGAGUCUCACUCAUGCUAUCACUACUCCAAAUGGCGACUGUUUCGGAGAGCAGCCGUUUGAUGACCUUCCAGACCCUUUCGGGUGUAACGUGGGCGGCUCGAUUUGGCCACAACAGGGUUAUCCGGAGAUACGGGUGGAGGAUCCGUAUGGGGCACUAAUCCGGGACUCAGGCUUGGCAUCUCAUCCGUCGCACGAGGUGGAUAUCAAUAUGUUGGACAGCAAUUGGAAUGCAUGGCGGGGGGAUAAUCUGGGGUUGGACGUGGAAGAUCGCCAGGGCGCUCUUGAUGCUCCAGCUUUGCAGGACUUGGGUCAGAGUGGACAACAAGGCGUUUCUUACCCUAUAACGGACAUGCGAUUGGCCCACCAGUUGCCGGGGUGCGAACAAGGCCCAGCAGAUUUUCAGAAUUUUAGCCCCGAUCUGGAAUUCACGGGAAAUUCUGACGUCCAGGAUCUAUCGAUCAAACCUGACUUUAACUGGAACGCAACUAAAAUGGAGUUAUCCGGUACCAGUCCGGGUACAGAUGAGCUUCAACCCAAGAUCAUGGGCAAGUCAAAGAAACCAACGAGUGAUGCAGACGAGGAACAGUACCGGCCGUGUCUCAAUAAAUGUCAAAGCGAGCCCGUCAUAAGCGUUCAAUCAGCGGACGCAGUGACAUGGGACACUUGCUUUGGAGAGCUCAUCCUCGAACCCACCUCCACAUUCAAGGACGACGGAAAGACAAAAAGUCGAAACCGAAAGUCAGCCCGCGUCGAUUUGACAACCCUUGGCGGGGUCGUCAAAUUGUCCUUCACGGAUACGAAGAAGUAUGCAGGCAUCGUCGUUAUGCCUGCGCUAGUGGACCUGCUGAAACAAAAUCGUGUCAGAUUGGUCGGCACACUGUUCGCCGCUCUAAUCGAUAAAGAAGCUGGGACUAGGGAAUGUCAGAAACCAGAGCUGAGAGUUAUUGUCUACGGAAGUAACAAUGACAAAGAUUCGGUCGGGACCUGCUUAUCGGACGCAGGCAUGUACCUGCAACAUCCCACAAGCGUGGAGUAUGACCCCAGAUUGCUAUAUGUGAACCCACAGUAUCUUCUGCGACCUGGGGGUGAGAUGCCUCGAAUCGAUGAACUCAGGAUUUCCGACGAUGAGCAGGGCUCGCAGGUUUUGGAGAGGUUGAAUGAAGGGGUCAAGAGUGAGCUAUUCCGGAUCCUCGACACGGCUAGCACCUAUGAUGGGUUCUAUGAAGCUUGCUCCAGUCCAAGGUUGGCGUCGAUUCUGAAACCUCACCAGGAAGUGGCAAUAGCAAUGAUGAUGGAAAGGGAGUCCGGAAAACUGGACGGUCUGAAGUUCCCUUCCAUCUGGGAAGGAAUUGAGGGCCACAAAUACCGGCAUAGAAUCACGGGGACUAUCGACACAGACCCUAGACCGAUGCGUGGCGGAAUCCUUGCGGAUGACAUGGGCUUGGGAAAAACACUGAGUCUUCUAUCAUUACUUUGCUGCUCCCUCGAUGCCAUAGAUUGUCUACAAUCACCUCUCGACAGCCCUCGGGCGACUCUGAUCAUUACACCGAAGAGCACUAUUCCGGGCUGGGAGAAACAGAUCAAAACACACAUCAAACAUAACCAACUUCGGUACUUCAUAUACCAUGGCGCAAACCGAGGCAAAGUCAAACCUUCCCUGAUACGCGAGUACGAUUUUGUCAUUACAACGUAUGAUACCAUACGCCAGGAUUGGCGGACAAAGGAUGCACAUCGUAUCCGAAGCCGGUCCUCACAGGUGUUCAAGGCAGUGAGCUCCCUGAAAGCGCACGUUCGAUGGUGUCUCACCGGCACACCAAUCCAAAGCUCUAUCGACGAUUAUGGUGCCCUCUUGAGCUUCAUGCAGAUGCCGGUCCUGGAGACCAAGUCCGCAUUUGAUUAUUGGAUUGCAUCGCCGGUGAAGCGCCAGCAACCGGGCUAUAUCCUGACACUCCAAGCGCUCGUGGCUGCCACAGCUUUCCGGCGGACCAAGAAGACGCUCGAUUCCGCCCUUCAGCUGCCGAAAAAGGUUGAAAAAACCGAAUUGGUUCACUUGACGGCCGCAGAUCGGGAAAUAUAUGACUAUUUCAAAGCGAAAGCAUCCAAGACGGCAGCGAAGCUCUCUGGUGAGGCUCAGGAUCCUGGAAAACAAGCCGGUGCAGAUACGACCCUUGCACUGAUUAACAUCCUGCGGCUAAUAUGCGGUUAUGGUGAGCGCUUGCUACCUAAACCCGCGCUCGAGCUAUGGCGCAAUCGAUACAGAGAUGCAGAUGCGGUUAUUACCAAAUCUUGUGAAAGUGUAGGCUUGAAUGAGGAAGACUUUGCCUCCGACAAUCGAAGCUCACCGGCUCGUGUUAAAGCUGUUGGUGGCAGUGCCAAGCCUGGGGGCGUGUAUGAUGCUGCGGAAUGUACAGCUGACACUCCUGCUCAAAUGCCGAUGGAGGAAUGUCACGAGUCUUCUUUUGACUUAUCCCCGAAGACGAUAGCAUUACUCAAGAACUUGGAAAGGGAACAACGAGACACAUCGCAAUCAGGUCUGAGGCCUGUAAAAAGUGUGGUUUUCAGUCAGUGGACCAAGAUGCUAGAUCUGAUAGCUACGGUUCUCCACUCCAAUAACUACAACUAUGUUCGUCUCGAUGGAGGGUCGACUUUAACGGAUCGCCGGCUAGCGCUUGAGCGACUCACGAGGGACGAGAGCUGCACGGUGAUGCUGGCCAGUAUUGGCAGUGCCGGAGAAGGCAUCAACCUGACAGCAGCCAACUCCGUCCACAUUAUGGAGCCUCAUUGGAACCCAAUGCUAGAGGCACAGGCAGUUGACAGAGUUCAUCGAAUAGGCCAGUCUCGCGAAGUUUCGGUCACAAGAUAUCUCGUUGCCAACUCCAUUGAGGAUAAGCUACAGGAUCUUCUGGGCAUGGCACCAUCAGCAGACCCGAUGAGCGAUUGA